CUCAGCUCCGCGGUUAAAGCAGCGGCUGGGCCGGACGAGAAGACGGGGACGCUGCCAAACCGAGCCGAGUUUAGCUGGAGCGGAUGGCCUUACUGAUUUAGAUGGCCUAAAGGACUUCCCUAUUUGCAAAGCCCAGCAUGGAUGCUCAGCCUGUGGUCACGAGUGCGGGCUCUCUUUCUUACAUCACUCAGACUGAUUUUCCAGUCCCGCUGAAAAAGUUUUAUCGGGGUGAGCCUCUGGCACUGGGGAUCACACAGAUAUUCAUAGGAAUCAUACAAAUUAUUUUUGGGAUGCUGAUCGACAUAAUUGAUGAACGUGGUAUUUUCUAUCUUAUUGUAUGGAUGCCCUAUUGGAGUGGAAUCUUGUACAUCAUCUCCGGAUCCUUAGCUGUGGCAGCUGCUUGGAAUCCCAGGAUGCCUCUGGUGCAAAGCAUGGUGGCCAUGAAUGUGUUAAGUACUGUAGCGGCUGGUUUGGGCCUGGCAUCCCUGUUUGUCAGCUUCAGUGUACUCUUUCCAUUCGAUUUGUCUUGGUACUGCCAUAACCUUGAAAAAGAAAUUCAGAAAAAGUGUAAUCCAAUCCGGAAUAUCGGCCGAGGAAUACUGAUUGUUCUUACUCUGUUCACCGCCCUGGAGUUUUGCAUCACCAUUUCAGUUGCGUCUUUUGGAUGUAAGAUGCUUUGCCGAGAUACCUUCCCUGAAAAAGUUGUGGUCGUUUAUCAGAAUGUGUCUCCUGCCAGUGCCGAACAGCGUCCCACUCUCGACUGUAAAGAGGCAGCAAUUCAGCCCUGACUCGCUUUUCUUUCAUAGCAGCUAUUCUGGAUUGCAUUUACCUCCUGCAUCCGGAAGCCUUAUUUUAUUUUAUUUUUUAAAGGAAUUGCAUCAGAGGUGAAAUCCAGCAGGCUCUGACAGGUUCUGGAGAACCGGUAGCAGAAAUUUUGAGCAGUUAGGAGACCCGGAAAAUACCACCUCUGGCUGGCCCCAGAGUGGGGUGGGAAUGGAGAUUUUGCAAUAUCCUUCCCCUGCCACGCCCACCAAGCUACGCCCAUAGAACUGGUAGUAAAAAAAAUUGAAUUACAUCACUGAAUUGCAUGGAAGUUUUUAAAACAACCUUGGCCAAUUUAAGAGCUCUGGAUGGGGAAUUCUGGGAGUUGAAGUCCACAAAUCUUAAAAUUGCCAGGAUUGGACACCUCUGGCAUAAAGAAUUGAAUAGUCAA